ACAGUAGACGAAGAGGAAAAAAACCAACCAUUGCCAGCCAGCUGCCUUGGUGUGGAUUUCAUUUUUUCGCUAGUCCAAUUUUGCAUUCGGCAAACAAAUUCGAAAUCUUUUCGGUAUUGUUGCGUGAAUCGAUAGUAAUUUCCGUUCCAAUAGUUCCACGGGUGCCAAGGUUCAAACGCGGAUCGGCCGACGGUUCCGUGGGAAAGCUCUCCGAAAAUUUAGGAACACGUUUCGGGCGAGUGUCCAUACUACCACUAGGUCGUAUAGAGUGCGUUUUCACCAAUGUGAAAAGAAGGAAACUGGCCAAGGAUUUGCGCUUUUGUUCAACGAAAUAAGGCGGGAAGGAGACAUACUGCUGCUGUUCCACAUUUCGGAGUUUGUGGAAUCGAUAAGUGGAAUCUGCAUAAUCGCCCAGUACCAUGAGUCGUAACAAUCGAGGACGAGGACGUCGCCGUGGCCGUGGAGCUAAUAAUCAUAGAAAUGGAGCUGCCGCGGGGCCUCCUGCCGGUAGACGGGCCGGCGGUUUUGAUCCGAUUCAUGCCGAUCUGGGUAACUGUUGGGAUUGGAGCUCCCCAUCAGAGGAUUCCGACUCGGAUGCCGAUUUCAAACCCAGUAUUCUGCAGAUGAUUGGAUUGCUGAACAGUUUGGAAUACAAAUCGAAAGGACGGAACUUCAGACAUUCUACGAUUGGCGGUACAAAGCCCAGCAUCCUGUACACGGAGGAUGAUAUUGCUGUGAACACGGUCUACGUUAACUUUCUAAUAAGCGAAGAAGUGACUGAAGAAAAGGUCAGAAACAAGUUUACAAAGUUUGGUGUUAUCAAAAAAAUACGCAUACACUCUUCUUUGAAUAAUAAUCCGGAGACGGCUGCUUCAUCCACAAUGGAUGCCAAUGGGGAAGAAGAAGGAGCGGCCGCGGCUUUACCCACUCACCGACAGCGUGGUUUUCGAAGAGGGAGAGGCAGAUUCUCGAAUCGGAUCCACCAGUACGCCUUUGUGUCAUUUGAAACAUGCCAGGAAGCUGCCUAUUGUAUCCACAACAGCCACAAACUGGACAAAGAAUGCUACGUCGCCAUUGCCGACAGCUGGCACCAGGAAGCCUACUACAAAAGCCAAAACGAAGAAAACGGUGUCCACAAUGCGGAAGGCACAAGUGUCCCACAAGCCCCAACUAACGGUGCCGAAGGAGAGGGAAGCUCGCCGUCCUCGUCAGGUGUUGAGCCGUCUUCAACAGCCGACACUGCAGUUGUUCAGGAGAAUUCGGAAGUAACUAAGGAAGGCUGCAGUCCAGAAGUCACCGGUAAUGACAGUGAGGGUAUGAGUGUUUUACAAUUGAACGACGAUUGUUUGAUGCUUAUUUUCGAGCAUUUCGAGUUGAUGGAUUUAAUCUCGCUGCGAAAAACUUGUUCGCGUUUCGCUGAAAUAGCGCGCGAAAUGUACAAGCGCUAUAAAAUUUUGGAUUUGGAUUGUGAAGCGCCAGAAAAAAUAAACCUUACAAUGUUGGACGUGAAAACUAUUCUUAGCGAAGUAGGGCCGUUUGUGGAUGAGCUUCAUAUUUCCAUGAAUCGUUUCAAUCAACCGGCUGUGCGAAUUUUGUAUCUAAUCCCAAGGCACUGCGUGAAUCUUAAAGAUUUGAACAUCGAUGAUUUUACACUAAGUGCUAAGAAAUUGCAAGGACUGAGUACGGCCUUCAAAGCAUUAGAAGGUUUAACAUUAAGUUCAUGCGGUAUUGGAGACUAUGUAGAGAAAUAUCUACGUCUGGCUAAAGAUUUGCAACGAUUAGAUUUGUCAUUAAAUAGCCAAAUAACCGGCAAGUGCUUGAGAGUUGUCAAAAACCUUAAAAACGUAAACUUAGAAGGGUGUCAAAAUUUGCAAGGCAAACCAUUUUCUGUGUUUGUUGAGAAUAACAAGACGGUUGAGUACCUUAACAUAACUGAUUGCAACAGACUUUCAUCGGAUGCCAUCAAAUCGAUGGUCAGCCAUUUGGGUGAACUUAAUCAUCUCAUAUGUAGUAGCAGCUACGAAAAUGCAGAACCUAGCACUGUUGCUCUAUUGGCAAACCUCCCUAAGCUUAAACGGCUACAAAUUAAAGUGAACAGCUUCAGUUCGAUCGAUCCGCUAAUGAAUAGUUUGGCUGAGACAAAUAGACUGGAAUAUCUAGACCUGUAUGGGAACUAUGCAGCGUUCGAUUACAAUGUUUUGGGCAAGUUGACCAAUUUAAAAACCCUAAUAAUGAACCACAAACUGGACUUUGUCGAUGAGCAUUUGGCAAAGCUUUGUACGAAUGGCAAUUUCGUCGAACUACACAUAGCCGGUUGCACCCAAAUCACGGAGAAGCAAUUGAUCGCAUUCAUUCGUGCAAACCCACUGCUAACACGGCUAGACAUAUCGAGCUGUAACAUAAGUGAAGGAUUAGUCUUCUCUGCCGUGGACAUUUUGAAAGAGCAAGCUAACGGAACGGGUCGGGUGCUGACGCUUGUCGUUGGCAAAACCAGUAUCUGUACGGUUAUUAUGGAUAAUGCACUGAUCAUAAGCCACCGACAUUUGUUGAAUAUUUCCUUCGAAAGCACAGAAGGCUUCUACAGUUCCAUGGACGACGACAUGUACGACGAUAUGAUGGAUGAUGAAGACUUCAUGGGUUACGAUUUCGAUGAUGCCGAUGAUGACGAUUACUGGGGAAUCGAUCUGGAAGAUAUCCCCGAUAUGUGCCACAUCUUCUACGAUAGUGAUGAUCAUGAAUACGGAUACAUAUUUGAUGACUUAUUUUGAGGUCAGUGGCUUGAAGCUUCUAAUGUAAACUGCUAGAUCCUAGAGCAUAGAUUUACAUUCUUCCGAUAAAUAAUCCAACUAUUCAGGUCACGUUUUUGUUACUCGUCGCUCAUUUUGCUCAGCAACACGUGGAUCAUCGUUCCGGAGGAGACUUACUUCGAGUAAGGUGUUCAAUACAAAUAUAGAAUCAUAUGUCUUGGGAGAAACGUUAUUUCCCGAAAGAACAAACAAACUUAUAUUUCUAAAAUCAUGGUGGGUUCAAGUUCAGCCCUGAGUUUAUUAUUAACGAAAAAUAACAGGCCCAUCAACAUUGUUUUAUUCUCCUUUUUGUGGGUUUCGGAACAAACUUCACACUGCGAUGUCGUUGUUUUGUUUUAUUUAUUUUUUAUUGAUAACCAUUAUUUUUUGUUCAUUUAAUAUAAGUCUACAAACGUAAAGUCACGUUCCAGUUUGUUUCCGAAAAUAUUGUAACCAUGUUGGAUGGUAUUUUGAAGAGAAGAAAAGAGAGGAAAAAUAAAAGCAGUUUUGUUUCAUUUCA